AACAUUAACAAUGCGAAUACUUCUCUAUCUCUACAUUAAAAUUUGCAAACAAAAUUAAAAAGUGACUUAUUUAAAUGAGCCACAAAAGAACAACUUAAAUACAUACAAGCGCACACAUAUUGGGUGCAGCCAUUUGCGUCUGUUGGAAGCCACACGAUGGCGCUGCAGGCUAAGGAGAGGGGUGGAUGGGACCUGAACCGAGCAUUCUGCGGAAGCCUCCUAACAAAAAGGGAAGAACGCGGCAGGCAGACGGGAGAAAAGCUGUAGCCCACCCACGACUGGGAAAGCAGAAAACUCAGAUCCCUGCUACUACAUGGAGUAGUUGUUUGGCUUACGACUGCUGUUUCUUUAUGCUGGGAGCCCUGACUGUGAUCAAUACUGCAGAAAACCCGUUCAGAAGAAGCUAUGGAGUCUGGAGGGUUUCGCUGCAACAGACAAAGGCAAGUCCUGUUUCUCUUUCUGUUUGGGGGGUUAUCCAUGGCAGGUUCUGAAUUUGGGCGAUAUUCGGUGACAGAGGAAACAGAGAGCGGAUCAUUUGUGGUCAAUCUGGCAAAGGAUCUAGGGCUAGGAACUGAGGACCUGGUUACAAGGGGAGCCCGGCUGGUCUCUGAUGAUAACAAACAACACUUAUUCCUGGAUACUCUUACUGGGAAUUUGCUCACAAAUGAGAAACUGGACCGGGAGAAGCUGUGUGGCCCCACAGAGCCCUGUAUGCUGUAUUUCCAAAUUUUAUUGGAUAACCCCUUUCAGAUUUACCAGGCUGAGCUGAGGGUCACGGACAUAAAUGAUCAUUCACCAGUGUUUCGUGACAAAGAGACAGUCUUAAAAAUACUAGAAAAUACGGCUGAAGGAACAGCAUUUCGACUAGAAAGAGCACAGGAUUCAGAUGGAGGACUUAAUGGUGUCCAGAAUUAUACCAUCAACCCCAACUACUUUUUCCAUAUUAAAAUUAGUGAUAAUGAUGAAGGCAUGAUAUAUCCAGAGCUAGUGUUGGAUAUGGCAUUGGAUCGGGAGAAGCAGCAGGAGAUCAAUUUAACACUUGUGGCCCUGGAUGGAGGGUCACCACCCAGGUCUGGGACAACCACCAUACACAUUGUGAUACUGGAUGUGAAUGACAAUGCUCCGAAGUUUUCUCAGGACAUCUACAAUACUCAGACUCCUGAAAACAGCCCAGUAGGGUCACUAAUUACUAAAGUCUCUGCAGGAGAUGUAGACUCUGGAGUCUAUGCAGAUAUAUCUUAUUCAUUUUUUGAUGUUUCUGAAGAUAUUCUAACAACCUUUCAAAUCAAUCCUUUCUCUGGGGAAAUCAAUCUCCGAGUAUUGCUUGAUUACGAGCUGGUAAAGUCCUACAAAAUAAACAUACAGGCAAUGGAUGGUGGGGGCCUUACAGCGAGAUGUAUGGUUUGGGUUGAGGUAUUAGAUACCAAUGACAACCCCCCCGAACUGAUCAUGUCCUCACUUUCCAACUACAUUGCUGAGAACUCUCCAGAGACUGUACUGGCUGUUUUUAGGAUUAAAGACAGAGACUCUGGAGAAAAUGGAAAAAUGGUCUGCCACAUUCAGGAUAAUCUGCCAUUUGUUCUAAGACCCUCUGUGGAGAAUUUUUACGUCCUAAUGACAGAGGGAGCGCUGGACAGAGAAAAGCAGGCCGAGUACAACAUCACGAUCACCGUCACGGACUUGGGCACCCCCAGGCUGAGGACCCAGCACCACAUCACCGUGCUGGUGUCCGACGUGAACGACAACGCCCCCGCCUUCAGCCAGAGCGCCUACACGCUGCUGGUGCGCGAGAACAACAGCCCCGCGCUGCACAUCGGCAGCGUGCGCGCCACCGACGCCGACGCGGGCUCCAACGCGCAGCUCACCUACUCGCUGCUGCCCGCCGGCCGCGCGCACCCGCCGCCCGCCGCGCUCGUGGCCGUCAACGCCGACACCGGCCAGCUGUUCGCGCUGCGCUCGCUCGACUACGAGGCGCUGCGCGCCUUCGACUUCCUGGUGGGCGCCACGGACCGCGGCUCGCCCGCGCUCAGCGGCCAGGCGCGGGUGCGCGUCGUGGUGCAGGACGCCAACGACAACGCGCCCUCCGUGCUCUACCCGCCGCCCAACGCCUCGGCGCCCUGCCCCGAGCUGGUGCCGCGCGCGGCCGACGCGGGCUACCUGGUCACCAAGGUGGUGGCGGUGGACGGCGACGCGGGCCAGAACGCCUGGCUGUCGUUCCAGCUGCUCAGGGCCACGGAGCCCGGGCUGUUCGGCGUGUGGGCGCACAACGGCGAGGUGCGCACCGCCAGGCCGCUGGGCGAGCGCGACGCGCCCAAGCACCGGCUGGUCGUGCUGGUCAAGGACAACGGCGAGCCGCCGCUGUCGGCCAGCGUCACGCUGCACGUGCUGCUGGUCGACGGCUUCUCGCAGCCCUACCUGCCGCCGCCCGACGCGCCGCCGCCCGCCGCGCAGGCCGACCGCCUCACCGCGUCCCUGGUGGUGGCGCUGGCCGCCGUGUCGUCGCUCUUCCUCCUGUGCGCGCUCGCCUUCGCGGCCGCGCGCCUGUGCGGGAGGCGCGGGGCCGGCGCGCGCGCGGGCUCGCUGGGGCCCGACGGCCCCUUCCCGGGCCGCCUGGUGGACGUGGGCGGCGCCGGGACGCUGUCCCACAGCUACCAGUAUGAGGUGUGCCUGACGGGGGGCUCAGGGACCAACGAGUUCAAGUUUCUGAAGUCCGUUGACCCUGCACACCAGAGUUCUGUCAAUGAUGUGGAGGAAAACUCAAACUUUGGCUUCCCCGGUGGCGCAGUCGUUGAGUGCUGGGUUGCGAAGCUACCCGCGGCCUCUGCGGCACCGGUUCGAUCCCCGGCUGCUCUCUGGCCACCGGAGGAGGGUCCCACAUGGCGCGCAGACCUCCCCUGCCGCCCGCUGCUCCCCUCAGCAGUGUGCUUCAGUUCUUCUGCCUGCUCUGCUCCCCGCUCUGGCUCUGGUGAAUUCUCUCACCCUCCCGCACUUCUGACUACCCAGUGCAUGUAUACAUAAACAAACAAACAAACAAAUAAAUAAAAAUACAUACCUCUUUUAAAAAAAUAAAAUAA